CCCACAAGAAUUAAAUAGGAAAUUACUGAAGGCCCCCUCCGUGGUGUGCGCAGGAACGGGGAAAAGUGAAAUUAAGGUAGUGUUGAGGAGAAACUCCAUUAUAUAUUGUUUGAUUUGAUAACAGCAGGCAGCAGCAUUAAAUUAAUGAUCAAAUAAAACCUCAUUGUUUGUUAAUUAAUAAGGCAGUAGAACAGAAAGUAACGAUCUUAAGUUCUUAACCACAUAAAUCGCUAUCAAAUCCCGAACAGGAAACACUUAUUUCACAAAUCUCCUUGGCCUUCCUCAACCGGAAGGUGGAGGGAGAGGGACCAAUCCGCCAUCGCAACGUCGAGGGACCGCAAAAGUUUGUGGGUAUCUAAAUCGUCACUAAACUUCAGGGUGAGAAAAGGAAAGAGUUACUUAUAGGGUCAAUAACAUUGUAGUCCCUAUAUUAUUAUUUUCUUUAACAAACAAAUAUUUAUUGAUUGAAUGAUUAUAUAUAAAAGCGUUAUUGUACUAUUUUAUUUUUAUUUUGAGUUAAUUGAGUAAGAAUUGUCUAAACCCAUUACUAUGGAGGUUGACUCAUACUUAGUAAGCACAUCCUUUCUUUAUGACCUAGAUGUCACAUGUGUUGAAACUCUGCGAUUAUUAGUUGAUUUCACUUGCAAAUUGCCUCCUCCUUUCUAGUUUUUAUGAUACACUUGUUCUUUUUAUAUUUACGAAGGAUAUUCGAGGAACAAAAAACAAAAUUUUAAUUACUAUGUGUUGAUCGGCCCAACUAGUAAUAGAAUUUGCAUCUUCCGUGUCGUGAAUAAGUUGUAGUGUACCCCUAGGUUCAAUUCUGAGCAUCUAUAUUGACCGACCUCUCAUGAAGACACAAAGGUUUACAGUUCUCUCUUUGUCAUGGGACAAUCAAUGUACCAUAUCGGUAAUACAAAGUAAGAAACCCUUGUAUAUUAGUGUCCAUCUAGCCCAAUCAGUAUGAGGCCUUUUGGGGAGGACACCCAAGAGUAAAACUGUGCGGGCUUGGCCCAAAGCGGACAAUAUCGUACUAAUUGAGCUCCCCGGUUAUGACAACUGGUAUCAGAGCCUUUGGUUGCGAUUUUGGGAAUUUGGCGUUGAACUGAAGUUUUGCUUUAUGGAGGUAGCUUUCAAUUCUUUAGCUUGGUUCGGUGGAGGAAUCGCUUUGGAGUUGACUUUGGGUAGUUGUGUUUUUGUCUCGCUUGUUUGGUGAGAAGUUUGGUUGGAGUUUGUUUGAUAGUAAGAAUGGUUGCUAUCAGUAUUAAGAUUGAGAAGUUUAUCGGAAGAGUGGAUUACUUUGGAGGAGAAAGCUCACUCUACAAUCUUGCUUUGUUUGGCCGAUGACAUCAUUACUGAGGUUGCUGCUGAGAAGACUGGCGCGGGUUUGUGGUUGAAGCUUGAAAGUCUAUACAUAACAAAGUCUUUAACCAACAAGUUGCAUAUGAAGCAAUGUUUGUUCAGUUUGCAUAUGGAUGAAGGUACGCCUCUCAAGAAUCAUCCAGAUCAACUCAAUGCUAUCUUGUUAGAUCUGCGGAAUAUUGAUGUUAAAGUAGAUGAUGAUGAUGUUGCCUUAAUUCUGUUAGUAUCUUUGUCACAGUCAUAUGAGAAUUUUGUGGAUUCUUUUAUUGUUGGGAAAGAUAGUUUGUCUUUGGAAGAUGUCAGAUCUGCUCUACAUACUAGAGAGGUUCGACAUAAGGUGUUUGGUUCAGGUUCGGAAAAUCGGGCAUAUGGGUUGGCUGCUACGAGUAGUAGGAGACAACAAUCUGGUAAUAUAGGAAGGCGAAUACAAAUUCGAAUUAUGCUGGUUUGAAGGAUGAUAUUUGUCAUUACUGCAAGGAGAAAGGACAUUGAAAAUUUGAUUGUCCUAAGCUAAAGAAAUAUCAGGAGAAGAAGGAAUCAUCUGUUGCUGUGGCGGAAGAAACUAACUCUGAUUCUAAAGAUGGUUUAGCCUUACCAGUGAAUGAACAGGUACAUCAUCAGGAUGUGUGGUAUUUAGAUACUGCAGCUGAUUAUCAUAUGUGUCCAAGCAGGGAGUGUUUGUCAACUUAUGAGCAGAUAGAUGGAGGGCAUGUUUAUAUGGCCAAUGGUGCUAUCUGUAAGAUUGUUGGAAGAGGCUCUGUCAGGAUGAGGACAUAAAAUGAUUCUGUUCGCACCUUGAACAAUGUUAGACAUAUUUUAGAGAUGACUAAGAAUCUGAUAUCUUUGAGUCUACUCGAGAGCAAGGGUUUCAGUUUCAAAGGUGAAGGUGGAGUGUUGUCUAUCUACAAAGGUUCUAAGGUGAUUCUGAAAGGUGUCAAGGUUGGUGCCUUGUAUGGUCUACAAGGUUCUGUUUUGACAUGUUUUGUUGGUGAUAAGUGCACCAAGUUGGUUCUGAAUUGCAAGUCUCAACAUGGGUUAGAUUUGUCGAAUGGUUUGAGUUGUUGACCGCCCUUAGGGGCAUUUGGAGGCAGGGGAGAUUCUGGUAUAGCUGAUUUGGAGGAGUUUGGUACAUUGGCAACUUUGGUUGCGUCUGGUACAUUUGGUAUUAGAGAGAGAAUUCAAGUCAAGGUGGACAUUGUUAGAAUAUGACUUGAAUUUGAUUUGAGUUUGUUUUGUGUUUGGGUCUAUUUUGUUUGGAUUUGUGUUUGCGCUUUGUUUGACCUUUUCUUGGUAUGUUUGGGAAAAGGUGUUUGGUUUUCUGUUUGGGAUUAAGAGAAGAGUUCUAUAAAUACUCUUCGUCACCCUAGAUUGUAGUAAGGUCAGUCGGGUUAGUUUGUUUGCUUUGUCCGUUCCAAAAUUUGGUUUGUAACCUGUAAUCUCCUCAAAUUAGUGAAAUUUGUUCUCCCCUGCCUGUGGAUUAGCUAGCACACAUUGUAUUAGUGAACCACGUUAGUCAAAUUAGAUAAAUACUCUUCAUCACCCUAGUGUGUAGUAAGGUCACUCGGGUUAGUUUGUUUGGUUUGUCCGUUCCGGAAUUUGGUUUGUAACCUGCAAUCUCCUCAAAUUAGUGAAAUUUGUUCUCCCCUGCUCGUGGAUUAGCUAGCACACAUUGUGUUAGUGAACCACGUUAAAUUUGUGUUCGUUCGUGUUAGUUUGGAUUAUCGAUUGCACGCUUCUGUUCUGACACUCUUUCUGUACACCCUUGGCGAAGAAGAGUCUUUAUGGUGAUCCCGAUGAAGAUUAGGGUUCUUAUUCUUUCUUUGCCAUAUCCACCUUACAUUCUAUUCUAUGUACCAGCGUAAUGCUUUCUUGCAAUCUCUCCUUGUGAGUUUGAAGGGAAUUUGCAAUAAUGGACUUGAGACUAUAGUAUGUGUACGUAUUUGUAAAAAUCAAAGUAUAGGGACUUGCUUGCUUAGCCGUUUUUCUCUAUCCACGGAAAGACAUUGUCGCCGACACCGGAUGACCUUUUUCUCGGUGACUCCGCGCGUCAGCUCAGGAAAUCUCAACCGGUUCGUUGAAUAAUCCAGGAAAUAUAGUUUAAUAAUUUAAUUCAAUUUCUCAUUUAAUUUUAAUUCCGGACAAUUUGCGCCACGUUUCUCUGAUUAUUACACUUCCCAUCUUUAAAUUCCGGAUAAAGAGGACAAAAACAAAAACAAAAAAACUGGGAGAUAAAGGAAGGGAGAAAUCGACGGCAAAAACUAGGUUCCUUUAUACCUGGGCAGGCAUUUGAAAGAAUUACGGCGACUGUUCGCUUUUGCUUCAACCAGCGCCAAGUGUCUCUCUCUCCCGGCGGCCGGCGGCAGUUCUACCGUGAUUCCUGCCCGGCAAAAUGGGUAUCAUCAGCACAAUAAUGGGUUUCUUCGGAUUCGGAGUUGGGACGUCGAUCGGUUGCGUAAUUGGCUACUACAUGUUCAUAUACUUCCAGCCUUCCGAUGUCAAGGAUCCAGUAGUUCGUCCUCUGGUUGAGCAAGACUCGGAGACUUUGCAGCGGAUGUUUCCGGAAAUACCCUUGUGGGUGAAGAAUCCGGACUACGACAGAGUUGACUGGCUGAACAAGUUCAUUGCACACAUGUGGCCUUACUUGGAUAAGGCAAUUUGUAAGACUGCUAAGACUAUAGCAAAGCCGAUUAUUGCUGAGCAAAUCCCCAAGUAUAAAAUAGAUUCGGUUGAAUUCGAAGCCCUUACGUUGGGCACGUUACCUCCAACCAUUCAAGGAAUGAAAGUUUAUGUAACGGAUGAGAAAGAGUUGAUUAUGGAGCCUGUUCUGAAGUGGGCUGGGAAUCCUAACAUCACAGUUGGAGUCAAAGCAUUUGGGUUGAAAGCAACAGUCCAGGUGAUUGAUUUGCAAGUUUUUGCUUCUCCAAGAGUCACACUUAAGCCCUUGGUCCCUACUUUCCCCUGCUUCGCCAAUAUUUUUGUGUCUCUCAUGGAAAAGCCACAUGUCGACUUCGGACUGAAAUUGCUUGGAGCAGACGUAAUGUCCAUUCCUGGACUUUACAGAUUUGUUCAGGAUCUUAUCAAAGAGCAAGUUGCAAUGAUGUACUUAUGGCCAAAAACCCUGGUUGUACCAAUUUUGGAUCCUUCAAAGGCCAUGAGGAAACCUGUUGGGAUUCUUACCGUGAAGGUUGUACGUGCAAUGAAACUUAAAAAGAAAGAUUUGUUGGGAGCAUCAGACCCUUAUGUAAAGCUGAAGCUCACUGAAGAUAAGCUGCCUUCAAAGAAAACUACAGUCAGACACAAGAACUUGAACCCCGAGUGGAAUGAGGAAUUUCAUCUGGUUGUGAAAGACCCCGAAUCACAAGCUUUGGAGCUUCUCGUGUAUGACUGGGAACAGUUGGGUAAGCAUGACAAAAUGGGAAUGAAUGUUGUUCCAUUGAAAGACCUUACACCCGAAGUAUCAAAAGUCAUGACACUCGAACUGCUGAAAAAUAUGGACCUAAACGAUGUUCAGAACGAGAAAUCGCGUGGUCAACUUGUCAUUGAACUGCUGUACAAACCGUUCAAGGAAGAUGAGAUGCCAAACGCUGUUGAAGAGUCGGAUGGUGUAGAGAAAGCUCCCGAGGGAACGCCCACUGGUGGAGGCUUGCUCGUGGUCAUUAUACAUGAAGCACAAGACGUCGAAGGGAAGAACCACACAAAUCCUUAUGCUAAGAUUACUUUCAGGGGAGAGGAGAGAAAAACUAAGUAUGUGAAGAAAAACCGAGAUCCGAGAUGGGAAGAGGAGUUUCAGUUUACGCUGGAAGAACCGCCAACGAAUGAGAAGCUCCAUGUGGAAGUUGCUAGCGUCUCUUCCAGAAUUGGUCUAUUACACCCUAAGGAAGUUCUGGGUUACGUGACCAUAAAUCUGGCGGAUGUGGUAUCGAACAAGAGAAUCAACCAGAAGUACAAUCUCAUCGACUCGAGGCAUGGCAAGAUCCAAAUCGAGCUGCAAUGGCGAACAUCUUCGUGAUUUGGUGUGGGUUUUUCGAGAACUUUCUCAUGCUGGAAUUUGUUGGGUGGUGGUUUGGAGGGAUUGUUAGUGAAGUUUUUGCUAAUAAUCGAGACCCUGUUAACUUAGCUGGAACACAAGAACCCCUUGUACAUCUUUUGACUCACCAUUUUUGGAAGUCUUUGAAUAGAACGUCCAGCAGGCAGCAGUUUCCCUCUCAUUACUCAUUGGUCCAAAUACACUUUCCAUUCGAUUCUAGACCGGAUCCUGCACAGGACACUCCUGGAUCCACCCAUGUGGGUUGUGGCCCAACGCAUUGGCUUCAGCAUAUGACUGAAAGAGGGAAAGCCCAAAGAAACAACCCUUUGAGGCCCAAUGCAAACAGCCUAGCAACACAUAUCCUACACCCUAGUCUACCUAGCUUCCUAGCCAGUAGCCAGCCAUCUUUUCUGCUGAUAUAGAACUCAAAAGUUUUGACAUGAAAUGGUAGCAGUAGCCAGUAGCAGACUAGCAGCAGCAGGCUAUUCCUUCCUUCUCUUUUCUUUUUGGCCAACUUCCCAUCAUAAUAAUUCGAUUCGAUUGCAGAAGCAGGGGGAGGAAGAAAAUGUAGCCAGAGUUGUAACAUCGAGACUCGGCCUACUCAUUGUCUACUCUUUCCAAUCCCCUCCCUCCCAAAUUCCCAAACAAGUUGAGAAAAUCCAAUUUUUUCGAAGAAAGCUGACCAAAAAGUUACUACCCUUCUUCAUCAUCAUUGCCCUUCCUCGGGAUGUUGAUUCUCUAUUGAUACACUUUGUAGCCUUCCUUCUCCCUUGGGCAAAAGAUACCCACAUGACAUCAACCCAAUAUUCCCAAUUGUUGUAUGGGGUAAGUAGGUGUCAAUGUUGGUUUUCAAGAUAGGGGUCUUGCAAUCUCCAAGAUCGGAUUAAGAACGUUGUGCAUUUAUCAAUUAAGAUCGCAAGAUUUCAUAAUUCAACGAUGUUUGUUCGUAUUAAGAGUUACUUUGUUUAGUUUAAUAAAUGGGUUGUUUUCCAACAUGUUUAAAAUGUCAUUAUCAAUAAGUGGUUAAAUUAGGUUUUAGUUUUGUUCUCUUUGCUACCACUGAACAUAAGCCAAUUUGUCUGAGAGAAUUUGUCUUAUCAAUUAUGGACGACAUGGAGAAUGUCAUUUGUUGGUUCCCGGUGGAGAAAUUGGGAUUCUAUUAUCAUGGUGUAAUUAACUUGAUCUUUGUUAAUUUGAAUUGAAGCUCUUGAAUAGUACCACACAAUCACAUCAACUCGUGAAGUUAUUCGAGUUAUACGAAUAAAUUUUUCUUCUUUAUGAAAAGUUAUUUGUAGAUAAUCAUUUGCACCUUGUAUAAUCUCUUUCGUUGCAUUUACAAAAUCUAAAUAGUAUUCUCAAAUUUGACUUAAACUCCAAUCAAUCAACGAAUCAUUGCUUAAUCCAACGCUCUCGUGCUCAAUUAUUAUAAUGUGUCAAAUCCAAAUGCAUUAGGACAAUGAUCAAAGUGGAGUACCAAUUAUUAUGCUAAGGUAUAUCUCACUUGUCAAUAGCAAACUCCAAUGAACUAAAAAGAUGAAAGAAAGCGUUGCUACUUUAUUCUCCUAAAUCACACAAUGCCCCUUAUAUUCCCCCGUUCUUCCCACCCAUAAUUAAUCUGUAGCAACAGCAUUAGAAAUAGAAGAGAAUAAGUCCGAGGCCAAGUGGGACUCAAUGGCUGGAAAGGAAAGGAAAGAAAGGCCAAUUUUUUUUUCCUUUGGGGCCAAAGAAAGAAGGGAACUAAUACCAAUCUUCUUCUUCACAAUUCACGUACGACCCUCGAAAAGAAAGGGCAAAUUUUUUUUAGCCCAUUGAUUUUGAUUCACUUCAACUCUCUCCACUCUUUGGGAACUGAUUUUCACAUCCGAUUCUCCAAACACCCAAGGCCGCCUUUUGAAGCUGUUGGAUCUCGAAAUAAUAUGAAACAUUUGAUUUUGUCGGAAUGUCCACGAUCGGACCCAAAAAGCGUCGGAAGUACAAAACUCAAGUAGAUGGUUCAUAUGAUAAUAGGGGAUAGAGGAAUUCCAUUACUCGAGGUCAAUCUGGACGGAAUGGAUGCACGAUCACUCUUGCGGAACUCCAAAAAAUACUCAGGGGACUAGAGUCGGUAUAAGAAGUGCGACAUGUCCGAAUUGCUAUUCUGAUUGACUCCGCUAUUGUAGUUGCCCGUUAUUUCGACGACAAGAAGAGGUCCACAAUUAAUCAUCAUGUCGACCUUACACUAUCAUAGUUUUCGUUUUAUUGUCAGAGACUGGGAGGUAACUCUAUCUCAUGUAUGCAGGGAGAUUAACAUCAUUGUUGUCACAAGAACACACUAUGUUAAUCUUUCUGACCAGUAUGUCACAAAUUGGUUUUCGAACAAUCUAUAUAUCCUAAACAGAUUGAUCGAAACAUGUCGAACUUUAAUAUUGGGUUUGUGAUAAAGAUUACCAUUUUACCAAGUUAUUACGAUCGAGUUAUAACUAGCCUUGAAUUGAUUAGAUCGACUCUAUCAUAUUAUGAGUUACUACGAACCAAAUAUGAAAUUCAUAUAGCAGGUAGGCAAAUUGGGUAAAAAAGAGUUACCACAUCUACCCAAGGUUGUUAAACCCCUAUCGGACCCAGUUGGACUCGGUGCGACCUAAGUCGGACUUCAAAAUAGCCUCCAGACAACCCCCAGUCUGACCCCUAAGGGAAAAGAAGAGAGAGGAAAGAGAGGAAGUGGAACGAAGCAAGGGAGAUGGUUGGUGUGUCGUGGAGGUUAGAUAAAUUUACUUUGUGGAAAAUGAGUUUUUAAUAGAUACAUGUAAGAUAGGUUUCAUUUCAGUCAUUAAAUCUUUAAUUGCUACAUUAUUUGUAUAUAUAUACUUAUAAAAAAGUCUAAAACGACUCAAACCGAUCGGACCCCAAUCAAACCAUUAUAUCUCAAACCCCUAACUUGACCGGUUCAAUAAUUUAAACCGGUUUGACAACCUUGCAUCUACCGCUAUCGACCUGAAGAAUGGACGAUGAGGACAAGGGAAAACUGGGAAAUGGCAAUUGCCACUGAACAAGGGAAGCCUCUGUAUAUAUGUACAACAGAUGCAGGCAAAGCAAGUUGACCCACCAGCCAUAAAACCAUAGCCGUAGAAGAGAACAAAAACUAGCAGAGAGAAAAACAAAAGAGUGGACUUUUCAGCUUACGGCCAAAGGAAGUCAGAAGGGAAAGGUUUGUGUGUCUGGUCUGGGAAAAGACACAGCCUGCCUUCGCCUCUCUGGGCCCAUUUCCAAUUAAUAUAGAAGGCCCAUCUUCCUUUUUUUUUUUUUUUUUUUUAAACUACACUAUGCCUCUUUUUCGCCUCUCCGCGAAAGGGACACCAUCCACAUUGAUAUCCGUUACAAUUUUACAUAUAUAGCUCCAAAAGCAAAGGGCUUGGCUUGGAAGAGGGUCAGGUCAGGGAUACAAAUUUGGGGGAAAGGGACGUGACGCUUCAAGUUAAACCUCCAAAUUUAAUGUAGUAAGUAGUAACUUUGUGAAAGUCAUAUGGGAUGUUCAACUAAUAAGUUGUGAUCGGGUUAUGGCGCUUACUGUUUCUUUUGCGAGAAUGUGCAGAUAGAGUUGGGAGUUUUUAAAUUAGGUGUUGGAUGUUUUUAUCUGUCGAACGAACGUCGUGGUAUUUUAUUACAAAUUUGUCAUCGUGUUCAUCCAACGGUCACAGAAGAUCCAAUGUUUGAUCCAAUGACUCCCAGCCUCUAUGAGCACGUUCUCAUAGUCAUAAAGUGGGAUAUGAGCGUAAUGGCCGAAUUGGAUGAGCCGACUAAUUUUUAAGUUAAUAAUAAGUACAAUGUGAUAAAAUUAUGUUAGUUUUGCUUAUAAUAUCUCAUUUGGUCUAUAUUAACCCGAUCAUUGUGAUCCCAUUUGUUUUUUUUUAAGUGAGAUUUGCUCAUACCAAACUCCUAAUCGAGUGGGCAUGCUGGACCAACUUGGUGGUAGAGACACCCACUUAAAUAACACCAUAUUAGUUAGUAUAUAAGAUUUCGUGAUCGGUUACCUAAUAGUGUUGUGCCAUUUACUUCUUUCAACCAUUAAUUUGGUAAUGUAAGGUCAAUAUCUUUGUUACACUUCAUCUUUCAUUUUUCGCCUAUACGAUCAAUAAAAAAAUUGUUAGAGUUACUGAAAAUAAGAAACUAGCACGGUACGGUUCGGUUGUUCUAAUUGGACAAAGCUACUGUAAUUUGUAAAUACUGAUUUCGAUGAUUACAUUCCCCAAAAGAUAACACAAAGACUAAUCUUCAUUCAUCCUUUGUAAAUGAUAUCAACAAGUACACCUAUGUCGUUGUAAAAAGCCUGAGAGGCAGCAUGACUAGGAUUUCUUCUGUCCGGCCAAUUUAAACGGGUUGAUUCUUAUUUUCCUACGGACGACCAAACACGUCAUGGGUUCAACGUAGCUGGGGGAAAACCUGACACCGUGCCAGAUUUAAACAGAGGCAAAUUGGAAAAAGAAAAAGAAAAAAACAGAAAAAAAAAACUAUUAGUGACCCCCAGUCUGUCUUUCAAACCCGUCAGAGUCUGGACGCCGUCCGAACCUUCCCAGUUUCCCUUCCCGAUGGCUAGGGAUGGCAAUGGGUCGGGUCGGGGGCGGAUAGUGCAUAUCCGUUACCCUACCCAAAAUAGUUCGGGUUUUACCCAUACCCACAUAAGAAACGGGUAGAAAAUCGAAACCAUGCCCAUACCCGUUCGGGUUACGGGUAUCCACGGUUAUCCAUGGGUAAUAGUUUCUCUUUAUAACUUCAACCAAUAUGUUAAUAUUCAUAUGUAUUCUCACAUUACGUAAGACAAAAAGGAUGACAAUAAUACACUUGGAUGAAGAAAAUGCAUUAAACCAACACAAUUUCA